UCGCGGGGGUGGUGGCAGGGUGGAUCAACACGGGCUGGAGUUUAGCGAAAUGCACUAAGACUUAUGUGACGUUGAAUAAUCCCCAGACUAUUAUUGUUUACUACAACCUAACACUAUUUCACAAGGCAAUGCCUCCUCAAUUGCCUGAACAUGUCGUGAUAACUCUACUCCGACAAUGUUACAUCACACCCAGAUGCCAGGCAUCACGAUUGUGCCCGCAGCCACUGCCAGAUAGCUGCACCAGGCAUGUCUCCACGUUCCGCCCUUGUACACGACUGCGACACCGACACGCUGCAAGAGGUGGAACCCAGGCUGGAAAUUCUUCUAUACAUACCAGAGCCGGAGAUGAAUUACAAUCGUCCCCCAAGACCAGUUUGUUAGAGCUGGCCCCGGCUUGCGUGGGCAUCCAUCAAUCAACGGUCGCUUUUGCUGCCCAGCAUAAUGAUCGAGGACGAAAGGUAGAACCGGCGCGCAUUGCUGUGCUUGGAGGUGGCAUAACGGGACUAGCGACCGCGCAUUACUUCGCCAGGGAAAAUCCGAAUGCGAAAAUCACAGUAUAUGAGAACAGUGCUAGGCUAGGCGGGUGGUUGAAGAGCCACUACAUGGACGUGGAUGGGGAGAGUGUUCUCUUUGAGUCAGGUCCUAGGACUUUGCGGCCGGGUACUCCUCCUGGACUCGUUACCCUGGAGCUGAUCCAGGAACUUGGUCUCCAAAACGAACUGCUCAUUACCUCAACAGCCUCUGAAGCCCACCAGAACCGAUAUUUGUACUAUCCCGAUCGCCUGGUAAAGAUGCCUGGAGCAGGACAGGAUCCAUUUGAUAUGGCAUGGAGGGUUAUGACCGAGCCUGUGUUCAAGGGUUUGAUAUGGGGCGCUUUGACAGAGCAGUCUCGUCCCAUUCGACCCAGCGACAUGGAUGACGAAUCUGUUGGCUCUUUUCUCGCUCGAAGAAUGAUGAGUGACGAGCCGGGCAACAACAUUGUCUCGGCUGUCCUACAUGGCAUCUAUGCAGGCGAUAUAAAUCAAUUGAGCGUCAAGAGCCUAAUGCCGAUGAUGUGGCACUAUGAAGCGUGGAAGGGUAGUAUUAUAAAAGCUGUAUAUACGAGGAUGGCGGAGAAAGUGGAACUGGUGUCUAAGAGGGAUCUCGAACUCAAGCUGGAGGUGCUGCCCAUGAUCAAGGCAGACUUGUUGGAUGUGAUGAGACAUGCCAGUGUAUACUCCUUUAAGGAGGGUAUUGGAGUUCUGUCUGCCGCAUUGGAGAGAGCUUUGAAAGAGAAUCCUAAUGUGGAAUUCAAAAUGGAAACUGGAGUUACGGCCGUGGAACAUGAUGGUGAGAGUGACAGUAUCAAGAUCUCGACCAGGCAUGAGGCUCCAGCCAAAUAUACCAAAGCUAUAUCCACAGUCCCCAGCAGUGUCCUCUCCAGCCUAACAUCUAACACUCUUCCAAGCCUGGCCCGAACACAUUCGGUAACAGUAAUGGUCGUAAAUCUCUACUUCAAAGAUCCCCACAUCCUCACAGAACGCGGCUUCGGCUACCUUAUCCCACGAUCCAUCCCCUUCACCCAAAAUCCCGAGCGUGCACUUGGUGUCGUGUUCGAUUCCGACGCCGUCAAAGGCCAAGACACAGCCACCGGCACCAAAGUCACCGUCAUGCUCGGUGGCCAUUGGUGGGACGCCUUCGAAACCUACCCGGACGAAGAAGAGGGCAUCAACAUGGCGCGGUCCGUCCUCCAUCGGCACUUGAAAAUCACCGACAAGCCUGCCGCAACACGUGUCUCUCUUCAGCGCAACUGCAUCCCGCAAUACACCGUUGGACACGAGUCGCGACUGCAGGCUGCACAUCUGGAUCUCAUGCGUGAAUUCAAAGGUAAGUUGGCAGUGGCUGGAAAUAGUUAUACAGGCGUGGGACUCAACGAUUGUGUGAGAGCUGCUAGGGAUGUGGUUAUGGGUAUGAAGAGGGGGACAACUGUUACGGGACUUGAGGAUGCGGGGAGGAAGGAUUUAUAUGCUCAGGUUGCGGUUCCCAGCUCGGCAGACGUUGAGGCUGGAAUUCGGAGGAGAGAGGGGAGAAGUUGAUGGAAUCUUGCUUGGCAAGUAGAAGAUUUUAUCUCAGGGAUGCCAAAGAGUGGUGUUUUCUUGGGCCUUAUAAUGACAAUGGCCGAAAGAAGAUAAUCAACCGUACAUGAACAACGUAAAAAAAAAAAAUCGGACUGGUAUAAGCAUUCCAAGACCGCUCGUCCUAUAGUGACUGCUGUUUUGCUGUCUCAACAUUUCCUAUCAACCGCACCAAAUGGCAUUUCCCUCCUGUCGUCACUUCCAAGAUCUCCACCAAAAUUUGGCUCUUUCAGUAGCAACCUGACAGGCUGGGUCAUCUUCCUGUGGCAUCAAAAUAUGUGUAGGAGGACUGUAGGGGGUUGCUGUCUCCUGCAUAGAGCAGAAAGCUACACAUGGUGGACUUGGCUUGCGUAUUAGGUAUGGGCAAGUAGUGGCUACGAUACGGUCAGCCCACAAUGGCAAGGAGACGAUUAUGACAUAUCAAAGCACUCGAAUGCUUAAGUGAACCCUGGAAACCUUACUGUGAGCAACAAGCUGCAUAAAUAGCCUGAUGAUGUUGGUGCACAUUUGUGGAAGAUUGUUGUUUUCGUUGCCUUACUGGAAGGCUUAGCCGAGCGCGGCUUUACAUGAGGUAUUUACCCGUGGUAAUUCGUAUGAUACCACAACAUCCUGCAAGCAAUAAGUGGCAUAUGAAUAGGACGCAUCGG